AUGCCUUUCACUGCUAGCGAUAUCUGCAAGAUCAUUCUUGCCAUCAUCCUCCCGCCCGUCGGUGUGUUGCUGGAGCGAGGAUGCGGUGCUGAUUUCUGCAUCAACAUCCUGCUCACCAUCCUGGGAUACAUCCCCGGCAUCAUCCACGCGCUGUACAUCAUAUUGAAAUACUAA